AGCAUACAACAAGAUGACGACGAUUAUCAGUGCCAGUAACUACAUGGUACCCAAUGACACACUGCACGUGGAGGGAAAUAUACCAAGGAGAGCCAAAAUUAUUCAGGUGGCUCUGGGCUCUGACUGGUAUCACCUGUCUAUGUGUAUCGAGGUGCGUUUUGAUGACAACGUCAUUACGUUCAACAACAGAGUAGCGGGACGCUGGGGUGAAGCUGUCAAAGAGCCCAACCCUUUCAAACCCGGCGAAGAAUUUAAGGUGAAGGUGUUUUACACAAAGACUAACUUCGAGGUGACGAUGGGCGAUGGAGAGGGCGAGAAGAAGUUCAACUUCCACAACCGCAGCAAGACGCGCUUCACAGAGAAGAUCUUCGUACGCCAUGACCUAGAGCUGACGCGCCUCUAUGUCGAGUGGCACAAGCCCUCGCACGACAAACUCAAACUCGACAAGCACACACGUGAGAAGUACACUCACACACUGUAGCACACACACACAAACGCACGCACACAC